AUGGCUCCCUCACGCACCGACUCCAACGUCGGCAGUACGGUUGACAAGUCCAACCUGAAGGUUAUUGCACUUGCAUCUCCUGCUGAUGGGCAUACUUUUCCGGUUCUGCGUAUCGUGGAGGAGCUUGUCCUCCGCGGCUAUGAUGUGACGCUCCUCGCCGGCGAGGACUUCAAAGAACGCACAGCUGCUGUGGGUGCGCACUAUAUACCCGUUCCGCCUUAUGAUGGCAUCGACAAGAUCACCGCCGAGCUCUCCACCAUAACAGACCUUGGGGAUCGCGUUGGCGCCGCCAUGACCAAACUCUUUAUUGAGCCCACGGCUAGCCGUAUGUCGGUUCUCUACGCAGCCCUCGAGCUUGUGAAACGUGAGAACCCGUCUCACAAGAUUCUACUCCUGACAGAGUCAUUUUUCCUCGGCGAUCAUCCACUGUUUCUUGGUGCGCCCCUUCCAAAAGGGUACAGUGAGCGGCCUCGCGCUAUCAACAUCAAUGCCUGUAGCUACGCACUCAGCAGCGUCGACACGGCGCCCUUUGGCCUGGCCCUUGUGCCGGAUGGAAUGCCAGAGAGUCGUGAAAUGUACCGGAAAAUGCACCGCGACUUGCUGAACGGCCCGCUCGCAGCUGCUGCCGCUCUUCAAAAGAAAACAUUCAGUGAGCUUGGCGCCAAAUACAUGGACAGUGUCGAGGCUUGUCAUCCAAUUGACGUUAUUACCACCACGGCCGACGUGACGCUGCAGAUGUGCCCUCCUAGUCUGGAGUAUCAACGCUCCGAUACCCAUCCGAAGGUGCGCUUUAUCGGCGCUUUGCCACCCCGGCCCCCGAAGCAGAGUUUUGUCCCGCCGCCGUUCUGGAACACCGUUAUCGAGGGUACCAGACGGGUCGUGGUAGUGUCACAGGGUACUGUCGCGGUGCGCUACGACCAGCUUCUUAUCCCGGCGGUGCAGGCGCUCGCAGACAGGAAUGAUAUUUUUGUCGUGGCUGUCUUAGGACGCAGGGGCGCGGCUUUGCCCGUUGAAACUGUGAUUCCGUCGAAUACUCACGUCGUGGACUACUUGUCAUAUGACAUAAUGUUGCCUCGCGCUUCUGUGUUCGUAUUGAAUGCGGGCUAUGGUGGAUUCAUUCAUGGGAUCGUCAAUGGCGUGCCCAUGGUGUUGGCGGGUGGAUCAGAGGACAAGCCUGAGGUUGCGAAUCGUGGAGAGUUUGCUGGUGUGGGAAUAAAUUUGAGGACAGGAACACCAUCACAAAUCCAAAUUCGAGAGGCGGUGGAUGAGAUUUUGUCAAACUCUAAGUAUGCGAAACGCGUGAAGGAGCUUCAAGCAGAGAACGAAAACAUGAGAGCAAUGGAUUCGGUCGAGGAAGAGAUUAUUAGGUGGGCGACAAUGGACUAG